AUGACAAACUUAGAAAACAUCUGCGGCAAGUUUAACUCCUCAAUAGAGAAUAUGAAACUUAUAGUAUGUAACGAACUUCAAAGUAUAGAUACAACAAAAGUUUUGAACUCAGAUGCUUUGAAGAGUCUUAUAACAGACAAAGUUGGAGUUGUUGAAAGAAAAUAUAAAGACCAAAGAGUUUGUGAAAAUGUUGCAAACUUCAUUAUGGUUUCAAACAAUGCUGUUCCGAUGAAGUUAGAAAGUUCUGACAGAAGAUAUGUAGUUGUCAGAACGUCAGAUUCUCAUAUGCAAGAUACAGAAUAUUUUGACGACUUAGCAGAAACUUUGACAUCUGACUUUUACAACCACUUGUUCUCAUAUUUUAUGACAUUAGAUAUUUCUAAGUUCAAUCCAAGACAAAUUCCACAUACCGAAGAGAGACAAACAUUGUUAGAAGCAAACAAGAGUGUAUAUGAACUGUUCAUAGAUGAAACUGACUUUGAGUGUUUAGAUGAAAGGUCAUUGUACGAUUCGUAUAAACAAUAUUGUCAAGAAUAUGGUUAUAUGACAGCGUCUAAACGAACAUUCUUGGCAAAUGUCAAAAGUCUUUUAGACGUACAGAAUGGUGUAUAUACAAAGAAAAAUUUUUAUGAGUAA